AUCUGAUUGGUUCGGCGAUUUUUGCGCUCAAAUUUCGCGCCACAAUUUACCGGAGCUUUUACUAUUUUACCAUUUACUUUCUUAAAUAACGUUACAUUCCUACACAUUUUUCCUCCAACUUUGACGUAACGUUAUCUGCUUCAUCCAGACAGAUAAAAUGUUUUACUAUCCGAUUGUCCUCCAACGCCACUCUGGAUGUUUUUCAACAGUCUGGUUAGCAGCAACCAGAGGCAUCAGGGUUCAUCGCAGAGAGCUUCUCAAAGUCAACAUCAAGCGAACAUGCGGGGACAUUUUGGACUACGUGACAGCUCAGGUUCCUCCACCUCAACCCCACCUGGCGAGGCCUCGGUUCUCCCUCUACCUGUCGUCUCAGCUGCAGUACGGAGUGGUCGUUGUCUACCACAAGCAGUGUGGCUUCCUGCUCGAGGAGGUUCAACAGACCAUUGACCGCCUGCUGCACUCCAAAAGAUGCAUAUCCAUCGACAUGGCACAGUCGGACAGGUUGACCUUGGAUGUGCCUGACAGCAUGCACAAGAUGGAUGAGGCCGAGAGAGCUCAGGACCCCUUCUUUGGUCUCAUGGAAUCACACCAGCUGCCCAGCCCCUAUAAAAUACACCAGCGAAUGUCGGGGUUUGAAGCGGCGGGUUCACAGCGAUCCCUGGUGCUCAGUUGCCACGGCACGCCCGACGUCAACGGGUUCAAGUCACCUCCGGGCGCCAUCUCCCUGAAAGAGAAGGAGCAGUUUGUCAUCACCGCUGCCGAGGAUUUCGAGGGAGAUGACCUUCCCGAAGCCACAGUCAGAGAGAUCGACUUGCUGAUGGAUCAAACAGAGCAUUUCCGCACAGAAGUGAAGCAGACAGACAGGAGCGCACGGGAACCUGAAGGAGCCAUGGCCUCUUUCGACCAGCUGAAGGACACCGUGACGGGAGCUGAGCGGGACGGCGUGUGGCUCCUCGACCAGGACUCGGGUCACCCUGCGGAGGAUCCUCAGGCAGCCGUCGCCCUAGAGAUGACCCCACGGCAGGUUGCCAUGCCAACACCACCCUACGGAGGAAUCUCCGAAAGUCCCAGUGAAGAGAUGGUGGCUCCUCCUCGGAAGCCCGGCGGAGGACGCAGGCGUCAGCUGGUCUUCGCCGACCCUCAGGUCCAGAUAUCUGAAAGAGCCAUGAAGGAACAGAUUGAAAACCAUCUGGCUGAGACACUGGGACUGUCGGAGGUGUUGCUGGACGUGCACGCCUUGACCAAGCGCGCCCCUCCUGCGCAGCUCUUCGCUGCCCCCUGUGGAGCCCCCCUCCACACCGACCUCCAGUCCCUGUGGAAGCAGUGGGCCUCGCUCACCGCCCUGCCCGGACACAAGGGGGGUCUGUGCGAGGAGGAGGGGGAGUCACAGCAGGACAGAGAAAUACUGAGGUCAGAGAGGAAGAGGAGGCAGUCAAGCGUGAGGGAGCUAUCCAGUGAGUCAGGACUGCAACCUGCUGAUAGCUCAUCUGUAGUCCUGGACCAAGAGGAGAAGUCCAUAAGCGACGUGAUGACUCCCAUCAGCAAAUGGUCUCCACAAGAAGAGGCCUAUCUCCGAAUGGCGCCCAUAGAGGAGGAAAGCGUUGAGAUGCCCGAGGCUCAGACUGACCAGGAGGCCAGGGACAUGCUCAGGUGGAUCUGCUCCAGCGUGCAGAGCUUUGGAGGAACCACCUUUGACUCUCUGGUGCCCCCGGAGGCCGACCGCAGCACUGCAGCUCACACCCUCUACAAGCUGCUGGAGCUGCUGUCUGCACGACAGGUGACGGUCCAACAGUCUACGCCCUUCGGUGACAUCACCAUAAACCCUGCUGCGCUCAUGAUGACCGCCUGAACACAAGUGCCAUUAAGGGACAGUUAAUGUUUUUAUUGAAAAAUAUAAUGAAUUGAGUCCUUUUUCAACAACAGAUCACACAGGUUAAAUGUUUUUAUAUGAAUUGUUAAAUUACUCAGAAGGGCAAAACAUUGAGCUGCAUUACUUGAGUGAUUUUUAACAGCUUAAUGUAGUUAUUUGUUCAUAUGGCUGUAUUUUUAAAUAUUUAUACCUACUGAGUUUACAAAUGUUACAUAAACUAAUGUCCCAAACUGUUUUUGAAGUUUAAGUGAAGUGCAGUAGCUUUGUUAUAGUUUUUAUUUUCAACAUGGAUUUGAUCCUUUUAAACUUAA